AUGGCUCGCCUCCCGACCUUCGCCCCCCCGCCACUCCUCCCUACGGCGCGGCCCCGCUCGACCUUCUCGCCGCGCACGCCAAUCUGCUCUCUCGGGGGCAUAGUCCUAGCCCCGGGGCAGGGCGCGCAAUCGCCUGGCAUGUCGCGCACGUGGAUCGAAGCAUCUCCCGCAGCGAGCGCCAUCUUCACCAAGGCGGACGCCGUGCUCUCCGACUCGCUGGGCCGCCCGCUCUCCGAGCUCAUCCUCUCCGCGGACGCCGCGACGCUCGCGCGCACCGACAUCGCGCAGCCGGCCAUCUUCACGGCGUCUAUGGCGUGCUGGGCCGCGCUCGUCGAGACGGACGCCUUCGACAAGGCCAAGCUCACGGCCACCGCGGGCCUCUCGCUCGGCGAGUACACCGCCCUCGCCAUCGGCGGUGCCCUCUCGUUCGAGGACGGGCUCAAGCUCGUCGCGCUGCGUGGCCGCGCUAUGCAGGACGCCGCUGACGCCUCCGACGGCGGUAUGCUCGCCUUGAUCGGCGCCAACGAGGACAAGGCCCGCGCCGUCGUCGACGCCUGCGCGAACGGGGAUGUCCUCGUCGCCGCCAACUUUAACGCGCCCGGCCAAGUCGUGCUUUCCGGCGCCACGGCUGCCAUCGAUCGCGCUGCAGAGUUUGCCGCCGCGGAGAUGAAGCUGCGUGUUGCUAAGCUCGAUGUCGCCGGCGCGUUUCAUUCCCCGCUCAUGGCACCGGCAGCAGAGAGAUUGCGCGAGGCACUCGAUCAGACGAAGAUUGGAUUGCCGGAUGUCCCGGUCAUGUCAAAUGUCACGGGUCAGCCGCAUGCGGUUGGGAGUAUUAGAAAAAUGUUAGAGAAGCAGCUCACUAGUUCCGUGCGCUGGGCGGAUUGCAUCAACUAUUUGAAGGGUGAGGACAAGUGGAGUGGAGAGGGAAACAGCUGGGUGGAACUCGCCCCGGGGAAGACACUUUCGGGAAUUAUGAGGAAGAUUGAUAGGAAGACAAAGGUUGUCAACUUUGACCAAGCGCCUGUUGAAGCUGUGUGA